CCGAAAGAUUCGAACAACUCUAACAUUGCGUUCUUUUCACGUCUGUACAAUGUAAACAGAAACUGCAUUUAAUUGCAUUUAACGCGACGCAAUCCACAUCAAAAUACAUUUCAAGUGCAAGCGGGUAGUUAAUCAACAUCCAUGUUAACCGAAGCCCCAAUGGCCAGUGACAACAUAAUGGACGAACUAGCAUCUUUGAUACGCACCGAAAUUCCCGAUGGCCGCCAGAGUCUGCGCGACAGUUAUACGAAUCUUGAGCGGGUGGCCGACUACUGCGAGGACACCUACUAUCGCGCUGACAACAAAAAGGCGGCCCUCGAGGCAACCAAGAACUACACCACCCAAUCCUUGGCCAGUGUUGCGUAUCAGAUCAACACGCUAGCCUACAGUUACAUGCAGCUGUUGGAUUUGCAGGCGCAACAGCUCAGCGAAAUGGAAUCGCAAAUGAAUCAUAUUGCCCAGACGGUGCAUAUACAUAAGGAGAAGGUGGCCAGGCGGGAAAUUGGCGUGCUGACGGCAAAUAAGGUGAGCUCGCGUCAGUUCAAGAUUGUGGCGCCCAUCAAUCCUGAGAAGCCCAUCAAGUAUGUGCGCAAGCCCAUUGACUACUCUAUACUGGAUGAGAUUGGACAUGGUAUCAACUCGUCGGUCCAGCAUGUGGUUCGACAAAAGCAUCGUGGCUCGAGCCAUGGAUCUGUGCAAUCAUUGGUGCCCCCGUCGGUGGGUCCGCCGCCUACCACGAAACCGCCAACGCCACCGCAAAUGUCGCGGGCCGGCAAUACAGGCACUCUGGGUAAAUCGGUGAGCAAUACCGGAACACUUGGCAAGAGUUCGCGAGAAUAUCGCACUCCGCCUGUGGUCAAUCCACCGCAAGUGCCCUCGCACUAUGCACCCAACUAUCCAAUUGGACAUCCCAAGCGUAUGUCAACGGCUUCGUCAACCAUCACCACCACCACCACUGGCGGUGGUGCAGCGGGCAAUGAGCGUGCCGCUGGCUACAGCGCGCUGCCAAUGCCGCCAAGCCAGCAAAUUGCCACGCAUGUGAAUCUGCCCUCGGCGGGCAUGAUGCAAUCGCUGCCACCACCGCCGCCUACCACAUACGAUGACAGGAGCAGCAUGCCACCAGCGCCUCCCUCGCCGUUAACCGUCUCACAGCACGAGAUGACGGAGCAGAGUCACAUUGGCAUGCACACGUUGGGACGCAAUAUCAACAGGAAUCCUAAUAGGAAUCAUUUUAGCUUGAAUUUUGCGCGUCCUGGGUCGCAAUCACCACCAUUGCCACCACCACCGCCGCCAGAGGACGAGCAUCAGGACUUUGGGCGUCCACGCACCUCAACUGGGCCCCAACUGGCGCCCAUUGUACCCGAGGAUCAAAACUUGCCUGGUUGGGUCCCUAAGAACUACAUCGAAAAGGUGGUAGCUAUUUAUGAUUACUACGCCGACAAGGAUGAUGAGCUCAGCUUCCAGGAGAGCUCGGUGCUGUAUGUGCUCAAGAAGAACGACGAUGGCUGGUGGGAAGGAGUUAUGGAUGGUGUAACCGGUCUGUUCCCUGGCAAUUAUGUUGAGCCAUGUGUCUAAGCACUGCCAAAUGGAAUUAACAAUUUACAAAACAACAAUAAGACGAUGACAAUUUGAGCCUAUUGAUAAUUAUAUACAACUACAACAGCAACAACAACUAAAGCCACAGCCACGCUCGAGAAAGUAUUCCAUAUAUAGCAUAUAGUUGAAAAUAUGAAGAAAAAUCGUCAACACACAUGGUCCUAUAUAUACACACAAUCCAGCAAUGAUUGACUUAUUGAUCAAUCGAUGCAUUUAUCUGAGCACUUUGCUAUUUUAUACGUAAACUAUAAACUAACUAACUUAACUUAAUAGCCGAAAAUAGCCCAAAAAACAAUGAAAAUUUCAAGAAGUAUAUAGAUAUAUUAUGACCUACAUAGUAAACUGACAUAGACGAAUUCGGCCCCUCCCGCCUUUGCUACGUCAAGACGUAUUUAAAUAUUUGCCAGUUUUGUUUUUACUGCGCUUGCCCAACCCACACCAGCCAGCCCCCUUUUCCAAGCCAUGUCGUAGGUUAUACGAAUUUCAGUUAGCCUUAAGUAUUGGCAAGUUGGUAUUGCGUUUUUCUAUAAUGAAUAAUUACACAUUAAUUAACAA